AUGUGCAGCGUUCAGGUUUCGGCCCGCUCGCUCACUGCUCUCGCCCGGACCACAACCCCCUGUUGCUUCGCGACCCCUUUGAAAGAAGCGAGGAGAGGAAUGAAGUACAAGCUCUUCCCUACCCUGGAUUUCCUGGCAUACCUAAAGAGGAUACAUGUCGCAUACCAUCCUGGUCGAGAGCGGACGGAGGUGGCGAGGCGGCUGAUUCUUCACAUGACUGCAGAGAGUACGAAGAAGAAAUUCCCGAACUUGCAGGCCAGCUGGGAACUACUCGGCUACGAUGCUCCUGCUGUUGUAGAUGUCGAGCUUGUUGACGGCCGUAAGAAGCGCUUCUUGGCCGAACACUACAGUCGACAAGAGAUGCAGGACAUCAUAGACACCUGGCAGUACGAAGCUCACCUACAGCACAUGAAGGAGCACAGCCUUGAAAAGGCAGACGAUGACGAAUAA